AUUAGUACAAAACAUUGGACCAGCAUGAAGAAGGAGCAAUGUAAAAGGUUUCGUUUUUAUAAGGCAUCAUCAGACCGGUAUUAACAUUGUGUUUGGAUAUUGUUGGGUCUCUGUAGGCCCUCAAAAAAUGGGAAGAGUGUCAAAGCACAGACCUCUGCAGAGGAAGCAAGAAUGUAUCCCGCCCUGGAGAAGAGGUGGUGGAGCUGCAGGUGGUGGAGUGUCUCUUGGAGGAUAGCGUACUGGAGGACUUCCUGUUUGACUGUGAAAGCUUGAUCACUUCUGCCAAUUACAAAGUAAAUGACAUUACAGAACGCAAGUCCUUCUGCAGUAAUUCUGUUACAAAGCCUCCAAGUCAUUUGAGCUGCAGAUUUCAAAGAGCCCUCUAUGAUUGAGGAAGCACAAGAGAUGUAAACUUAAUGAAUAAAGGAGAUUGCGGUAGCACUGGAGAGGAAGAGAGGCUGACUGAGGUGUUUCAGAGAGGAGGAUGUGAGGAACCUUCCCCUGUACUCUGUGGCCCCAGAGAACCCCAGAUGAUCCUGUACAGCCGGUCACAGCGACACAGAACAGCACUUUGUUUCCAGCGUAGUCUCCCAGCAACAGGGACCCAGGGUGCGCUGGGGCAGUCUGCCCAAGCACACCAAUGAAGGGGAGGGAACGAGAAGAGGGAGAGAAGGUCGGGAGGGAAGGACACAAAGAUGCCAAAACAAACAAACAAGGCUGAAGACAAGAAGGAAGGAGAAUACAGAAGAAUCACAGAAAGAACCAACAAAGACAAUCAAUGACAUAGAUGGACCCCAACAACACACAACAGAUACAAACCACCCCAGUAAGCAGCAGCCUUUCCUGGAAGAGAGAGGCUCACCAGAGGGCCGGUCUAUGGAGGAUGUCGCAGCACUACUGAGCCAAGUCACAAUGCAGGAUAGAGAUCCAGUCACGGUUACAUCUUCUGUACUAACAACCGUCAACACAAUGCAGUGUACAGAAUCAAGAUCCAGCUCCAACCCCCAACCCUCAGUGGGACUCAACCCCAGCACAGCCCACCCAGCCGGGGCUCAUUAUCACCCAGUUGGGCAUGAGCAGGAGGGGGACCCAGGGCUCCUCAAGGGCCACGAAACUACUCCAAAACCUGGCUCGGUCUGACUGAACCUUCUAGAAGUCCUAUGGAGUUCCUUUGACGAAUGGUGGACUGAGGAGACUAUGAAGUUCCUAUAUGGCCCAGACCACUUUAAUAAAACAACAGUAGAAACGAAGAAGAAAAAGGAGGAGAAGAAGAAGAACUGGAUGAAGAUAACCUGGAGGAUGUUGUAGAAGGGGUUGGGGAUGGAGGGGACGGCGUGUCCCCAGAGGGUUAGGGAGUUCUACAAAGGGGAGGAAGCCCACUGGGUGUCAGGGAAACAGCCCCUGAGACCCAGAGGUGAGUGUGGGAUAAGUGUAGUGUAGUAACCGUCAGUGUCCAGAUGGGGGCACUAUAUAUAAGCAUUGGAGAUGUUAUAGAUGUUAAGCGUGAUGAUGAUGGUCUUGUUUUUGAGGUUGGCUUUUACCAUGAAGAUGUUUUUUUUUAUGUCUCACCUCACUUCUUUCCCUCACUCUGUGUCUCCUCCUUUCCCAUCUACGCUCUCUCUCCUUCUCUCAUGCUCUCUCUCCACCCCCCACCCAGGACCAGGGUGGUUGUUUGAUUCCCAUGCCUAGCACCUCAUACAGAAACACAUAACGGUUGAGAAGCUCACUAGAGGGUGUGUGUGUCUGUAUGAAAAUGCUGCUACGGUUUUAUGCAAUGGAAAUGUGGUCACUGAUGUGCUGAUAGUUGACAACCAGCAAUAUUACAGAAGCAUUGGUAAGUACUAGCUCGGUCUUGUUGAACUUCGCAUCUCAGCAACUUAAGAAUCAAGUUCUGUGUAUAUGCGUGUGUAUUUAUAUGUCCGGUUUUCCUCAUCUUGGGAAACGUCUCACCAUGACUGACAUCUCCAGUGACCACAACAGCCUGGUCAGGACCUUCAGGUCAGUGCCAAUGUCAACUCUGAGAGUUAAAGGGCCAAUCCUUAAUUGAAACAAUAAAAAACAAUAAAAGGAUGGGCCUGGAGAAAUGUAACUCUUCUCAAAUUCAUAGACAGAGCUAUGGAUGCCAGGCCUGAGCGUCCUAGAUUAGAGUUUCAAGCAUGUUUUGAGGCAAUACAGUGUUUGUUUAUAUUUGAAAUCUAAUUGUAUUGGUCGCAUACACAUAUUUAGCAGAUGCUACUGAAGGUGUAGCUAAAUGCUUGUUUACUAACAUUGGAGUGAAACAAGCUUAUAUUUUGGGUUCUGAUGGGGUAUGACAUUUGAACUUAGAUAAUAAAGCAAUUUACAAGUUAUAUUCUUCAAGAAUCAAUGGGUAUGUGUUGUUAAUUUAUAAGUCCAAAAAUGGAUGUAUUACACUGCAGAUUGCUGUUUCAACACACCAUUUCCUACUACAGUGUCCAAUAAUGUCUGGGAGAGAAACUGGACAUUUUACACUCUUAUUUCAGUCAAUAUUUACCUGGUCCCGUAGUCAUAAACCAUCUUAUCUGAAGUGCUGAUCUAGAAUCAGUAUUGGCUUUUUGAUCAUAGUGAAUAAGAUUACAUGGACGGGAGACGAGGACACACAUGAUCCUAGAUCAGAACUACUACUCUGAGACACUAUGAAUACAUGCUCUGGUAUCUAUGGAGAAGUUAUGUGGCGACAAGGCUUCCACGAACUGAGUGAACUUUUCAGGGUAGCCCCAAACUGCCAGAGGUGAACUCUGUUCCUGUCAUGGGCACUAACUGGGCUGUGAUUGGCUGAUUGAGGUGCAGUCAACAGGAAGUAGUGAUUGGCAGAGUGCUAUUGACUUCCUGUAGCUCUGAUUUAAUAGCGAGGCACUUGAGUCACACCUUCAGCAAGAGGCCUGUUUCCAGGAAGUAUCUGCUAGCUACUAAGGCCUGCUGGAACAGCAGCCAGACAUUACACUGCAAACUGUCAAAUAAACACCUAUAAUUGUUCAAUCUAUAUGAUGAGGUGUCUCUGAUAUGGUUGGACAUUAGGCUAAUAUGAUUUAGAGUUUUUCAGUGCCAAGUUGAAGCAAAGGACAGAGACUGUUGUGUUUUCUCUUUCAUGGAAAAUCAGCGAUGUCCAGCCUGGUGGCAGUGCGAUGUCCAGCCUGGUGGCAGUGCGAUGUCAGGCCUGGUGGCAGUGCGAUGUCCGGCCUGGUGGCAGUGCGAUGUCCGGCCUGGUGGCAGUGCGAUGUCCGGCCUGGUGGCAGUGCGAUGUCCGGCCUGGUGGCAGUGCGAUGUCCGGCCUGGUGGCAGUGCGAUGUCAGGCCUGGUGGCAGUGCGAUGUCCGGCCUGGUGGCAGUGCGAUGUCCGGCCUGGUGGCAGUGCGAUGUCAGGCCUGGUGGCAGUGCGAUGUCCGGCCUGGUGGCAGUGCGAUGUCCGGCCUGGUGGCAGUGCGAUGUCCGGCCUGGUGGCAGUGCGAUGUCAGGCCUGGUGGCAGUGCGAUGUCAGGCCUGGUGGCAGUGCGAUGUCAGGCCUGGUGGCAGUGCGAUGUCAGGCCUGGUGGCAGUGCGAUGUCUGGCCUGGUGGCAGUGCGAUGUCUGGCCUGGUGGCAGUGCGAUGCCUGGCCUGGUGGCAGUGCGAUGCCUGGCCUGGUGGCAGUGCGAUGUCAGGCCUGGUGGCAGUGCGAUGUCUGGCCUGGUGGCAGUGCGAUGUCAGGCCUGGUGGCAGUGCGAUGUCAGGCCUGGUGGCAGUGCGAUGUCCGGCCUGGUGGCAGUGCGAUGUCCUGCCUGGUGGCAGUGCGAUGUCCAGCCUGGUGGCAGUGCGAUUUCAGGCCUGGUGGCAGUGCGAUGUCUGGCCUGGUGGCAGUGCGAUGUCUGGCCUGGUGGCAGUGCGAUGUCAGGCCUGGUGGCAGUGCGAUGUCUGGCCUGGUGGCAGUGCGAUGUCUGGCCUGGUGGCAGUGCGAUGUCUGGCCUGGUGGCAGUGCGAUGUCAGGCCUGGUGGCAGUGCGAUGUCAGGCCUGGUGGCAGUGCGAUGUCCGGCCUGGUGGCAGUGCGAUGUCAGGCCUGGUGGCAGUGCGAUGUCAGGCCUGGUGGCAGUGCGAUGUCCAGCCUGGUGGCAGUGCGAUGUCAUGUUUACUAUACGUGUCUUUUUUUUUCCAUGGCAGGUUCACAAACACCAACAUUAUCCACAAAGGCCCAGAGGGGACCAUGAUCGUUAUGGUGCUCCUUAAUCUGUGUGUGUGUGUGUGUGUGUGUGUGUGUGUGUGUGUGUGUGUGUGUGUGUGUGUGUGUGUGUGUGUGUGUGUGUGUGUGUGUGUGUGUGUGUGUGUGUGUGUGUGUGUGUGUGUGUGUGUGUGUGUGUGUGUGUGUGUCAUGUGCUGUUGCAGGAACAGCUGGAGAGCCUGUGCCUCAGUAGGAUCCGUCAGGGAUCAGCAGAGGAAAUCAGAGAACAUUGUUUUACCUGGGGGAACACCCUCUCAACAAACUUAACCUAGUGAUUUAUCUCUACUUGUGUGUAUCCAGGGUGCACUGCAGUGUGUGUGUGUGCACAUGAGUGUGUGUGUGUUCUUUUGGAUGCUCUCUUUGGUACAUUUUAAACAUCACAAAAGUGAAUGCCAACCUGUUAAAACUCAUGAUUUCAUUAAGAUAUGCAUAGAAUUAGAAAUGGUAUAUUCAUUGUUAUGAAAAAUGCAUAUACAUAACCACAGGCACAGCAAUUCAAAGGUUUCCUUGUGUUUUAUGUUGCCCUGUGAAAUAUACAGUGGUGUGUGUGUGUGGCAUCUCCAAUCUGCAUUGUGUGCUUGCCCUUGCAUUGUUUGACCUGUGCCAGAUGGCGUGUGUGUGUGCACUACUUCCCCAGGCAGGUCGGUGGCAGGGCGUGAGCCUAGCAGGCGCUGUGUGGGACAGUUCCGUGCUGCUCCCGUCUGUGUACACACAGACGCCUCUCGGGCCUUAUCUCCUCCACCUGAUUACCCCCCCAACCCCAACCCUCUCUAGAUCCGUGAUGCAGCAGCCCGGGGCGACACACACGCCCUGGGAAACAUUCCAUUUGGUCCCUAACUGAUCCACUGUGUACACCACCCCAGAGAGGAAACAGGGACAUAACUUCAGCUCUGAUUUAUAGCUGUCUAAAUAAAUGGGAGAUGACGCUUUCUUGAGCUGAUAUCACCUUAUCAAGGCUACAGAUGUUGUCUUCAUCCAAUCUGAUAAGUAGAUGGUAAAGAACAUGCCUUAUUGAGUGAGGUGCUCAACAAAUAAUUGAAUGUUGUACCUGGCUGUUGGCUGCAGUAUGGUUUCAACUAACUCAAAAUAUCUCGUAUUUAGUCCUGCUCAUAAUGAUGUAUAUUAUAAGAAAUUAUAAGUUAGUCUUAUGACAAGUCUUACAUUGCAUUAUAAGCGCAUCAUAAAGCAUACAUACUUAUCCGAAGUGUUAUCCAUAUUUUUUUUUUACUUACAAAUAUAUCUGCAGGACCAUAGAACAGUACCAAGCCAUUAGCAUUUGAGUCAACUAUCCAACUAUCCAUCUCAUUAAUAAUUUGCAGUUGAGGCCUAGCUCCUGCAUGGCAGCUGUGUAAUUAGUCAGGCCUCUGUUGUUGUUGUUAGGUGAAUCAUGUGAAUAAUGGAUGGGCCUCAUGCAACACUAGACCCAGGUAGCAGCAUUGCUCCAGGAGACAUACUCACUGUGCUCCGGUAUUCCUAAAACAUAUUCACCAGCCCUCUGGUUAGCCUAUUUCUGAUAUACUUUUCCCAUCACCAAAGGCAAAUAUAUAAUCUGGAAUGCCUUACCCAUCCCUACUGGCUAUACAAAAUAAAGUGUUCCCUUAAACACACAGCUUUGUAAACUUUACCAACAUGUGCAUUGUGCUGCUGAAGAGAUUAGUCCUAUUGCCACCCAGAAAUCAUAUACAUAUUUACUAUAGAUGCCUGCGGAGAUCUGCAUGUCGCGUCGGGGGCGAUGAAACAACAGAAGCACGUUUAUUUUCAAUGACAGAAGCGAAGUGGGCGGUACCGUUGGGCAAUAAGAACAUGGGCUAGGGACUUGAAAAGGGCGGGACCAAAGUUGGGGAAUGUGGAACUUUAUGCAAAUACUCAGUGACAUCUCGUUACUGUUGGCCAAUCGAAGCUCAUUAGUUUUCAGCCCAUUCUGGAUUGUCUGUUGAUACCUAGUCUGCUUGCUACCACCAAAGGUCAUUUACUAUUGAGCCGACAGAUGUAUCAUUUAUGGAAUGCGGUCUCAGCAAACGUGGGAACAUUGCCUUUAAUGUUUUUAUUUUUUAAUCUUUGUUUAUCUAGGCAAGUCAGUUAAGAACAAAUGAUUAUUUACAAUGACGGCCUACCCCGGCCAAACCCUAACCCGGACGAGGCUGGGCCAAUUGUGUGCCGCCCUAUGGGACUCCCAAUCACGGCCAGUUGUGAUACAGCCUGGAAUCGAACCGCGGUCUGUAGUGACGCCUCUAGACCGCUGCGCCACUCGAGAGCUUAACAGGCCUCACUUUAAAUUAAUUUGCCUUGUUGCAAAAGUUGACCCAUCACUUUAGAGUGGAUUGCAGUCGAGAAGAUUCCGUUUAAACUUAGACCGCUGCGCCACUCGGGAGCCCAAAGGGUGCAUAGCCGACAAGGUGCGAUCUGCUAGAAUCCAGGGGGGGAUCCUAUGAAGCAAGCUAGAUCUACUCAUGGUUUUCUAAAGCUAAUCAGCUUCAAUUAGCUUCGCAUUUCAUAGGCUUCGUCCGUACUAUGACGGUGGAUAUUGCUCGUCCGUCUGCUGCUAACUCUAGCAGGCUUGUAACUACGCGUGCAUGUAGCACAUGGUUGGUCGGACGAUAAAACUCUUCAGUGACUUAAUACUGAAACGUCAAUAUAUGGGCGAGUAAGUGCCACAUUUUCAUUUGUGCUGAAAUCAAAAUUAAAUAAUAUUUUUCUUGCAAAUCCAGCAAGCUGUGGCGUGAAAUAGGAUUUUCGAAGUUCCUUCUGUAUUUUAUUAUUGUUCGUGCCGACUUUGGUUUGCUUUGGUGUGCUUAUCAAUGCACAAACACCUUUCCCACCCCUAAUGCUUUCUGUCAUUACUAAAUGGGUAAUGUGAUAUAUUUUAACAUUUUUAUUUUUUAACACAGACAUUUUAUUAAAAUAUAUAAUCAAUUGUCUUCCUCAAAUGAAGGAGGGAAUCUGAUUUCAUUGGUCCUCAACUCGUGGCUCAGUCAUUUCAUUCAGGGUAAGUGGCAUUGGCCGUGAGUUGCUCUUCCCCAGAGCAGGUUAUAGUUCUGAUGGAUUCGUUGCAUAUACAUUUACCAGGCUUAAAAGGUGAGCCACUAUUGAAUUACGGUUAUCCCGAGUUGAACUCAAGAGUUGACCAAAGUUACCUCGCUAACUCCUCAAACCUGCUUUGUAGGAUAACCCUUGGUUUUUCCUGACCAUGUUGUGUUUGUGUGUUGCAGGUUAUCAGUGGUGUACGGGAGGCCCUGAAGAACCCGACCUCAGUCGAAUACCUCUCUAUUCUGAUGUAGCAGCUGUCACUUCAGGACCUACAGAGCCUAGUCUAGCUACUCACAACCAUAGCCAUCCAGUAUCCUCUACUAUAUACUACUUUCUUUACUGUUACAGCCAAAUCUUUACAUGUUUCCUAUCAGAACGGCAAGGGCUGGAGGUAAUCGCACUUCUGAUAUCAUUGAUUUACUUUUAUUUGAAAUCACUAUUGGAGAACCUUGCCUUGCCUUUUUUGUAUUACUUUGGUUUGGUUGAUUUUUCAAUUUUAUUGAUACAACUAUUGAGAAUUGAGAGAAAUUACUUUUCAUCUUCUCUCGGGAUAUGGACAGUGCUUGUUGAGGCUUUAGUGCUCUGAAAUGAAGACUGUAAUUUCCAAGAAGAUUCUGCAGACGUACUGUAUCAUCGAAUAGGCUUGUUAUUACACAGGUGCAUCGUUCACAGCUUCAUGGCGGAAAUGUAUAGUCGUAUUAUGCCUCUUCUAAUUUUCAAACAAACACUGAUAUACUGAAUCUGAUGAUACUGUAAAUGUCUAAAUCAAAUCUUCAAAGUUACAAGCCUCCCAAUGUUUAACCCCAUGCUUCUAUACAACCAAAUAAAUCACACUCAGGUUUUCCACUGUGUAUAAAAAUGUCAUGUGAUCGACUAUAUUGCCAUACUGGAAGAGGAUGGUGCAAUAAAUGUGUCGCUGUUUAUCCCGGCUUC